GCGGUGUUUCGCUCGGGUGGAUGCUGAGAGAGACGCCCGCGAGAGGACGAGCAGGUCGCACGGAUGUAAGAGACGGUGAUGCUUACUUCAAACUCACCACGGGAUGGGUCUCUCUUUCAAAGCCGCCACCAAAUGAGCCGUAAGAGGAAUUGCGCGGAAGAGAAAAAGACGCGAACGGGAUUAAAAUAAGAACACAAGGUAAGAAGAAAAAUAGAGGAACCUGCAAAUAACUUAUAGAGAGAGAAUAUUCACGAAGACGCGCGUGGACGAUUUAUUGGAGAACAGAGCUUUUUCUAAAUCAGUAUGCAUAACUUAAGCUUUGCAAGCGAAGUGGACACUUACAUUGACAUUGGUUUAACAUCCUCUGGGAAUUCUACAAGUCGCUAUUCUCCGACAACCAUUAUAGGGCUCGCGGGGCUGGUGAGCUUCCUCAUCUUGUUUACAAUAGUGGGGAAUGUGCUGGUCGUUAUCGCCGUUUUAACGAGCAGAGCGCUCAAGCCACCACAAAACCUUUUUCUUGUGUCUCUGGCCAGUGCGGACAUUCUGGUGGCCACCUUGAUAAUCCCUUUCUCUCUGGCCAAUGAAUUAAUGGGCUACUGGUUUUUUGGGAAAGUUUGGUGUGAUAUUUAUCUGGCGCUAGAUGUUCUUUUCUGCACAUCUUCUAUUGUUCACCUGUGUGCCAUAAGUCUGGACAGGUACUGGUCUGUAACACAGGCGGUCGAGUAUAACUUGAAGCGGACACCUCGCAGAGUAAAGGGCAUGAUUGUGGUGGUAUGGUUGAUCGCCGCUGUAAUCUCCUUCCCACCGCUCAUCUCCAUGGACCGGAAUAACGAGGGUGACAGCAGCGAACCACAAUGCCAGCUGAACGACCACACGUGGUACAUCCUGUACUCCAGCAUCGGGUCGUUCUUUGCCCCAUGUGUCAUCAUGAUCCUUGUUUACAUCCGAAUCUACCAGGUGGCUAAGACAAGAACCCGUAAUAUGUCUGAAAAGCGUCGCGAUCCGGAUGGAGGAUCAGGAACACCACGGCUGGAGAACGGCUUGAGCCGUGAGGAUUCUAGGCGGGAAAACGGGCACUGUGCCUCGCCGCCACCAGGGGAACGCAAACCAGGCGAGGAUGACCCAGAUGCUGAGCUGGAGGACAGCAGCUCUUCUGAUGAGAAGGCCAAGCGGACGCAAAAUGAGACGGCGCCCUCACGAAAAGACCGCCGGUCCAGCCGCAAGAACAGCUCCAGCUCCAAGCAUUCCAGCCGGAAGUCUCGAGCCAGCAGCAAGUCCCUGGACUUGUUUUCAUCCCGUAGAAAAAGGAGGAACACCAUUUCGAGAAAAAAAAUUUCCCAGGCACGAGAGAAGCGGUUCACCUUUGUGCUGGCCGUAGUCAUGGGGGUGUUUGUGGUCUGCUGGUUUCCGUUCUUCUUCAGCUACAGCCUGUAUGGGAUCUGUCGGGAGCCCUGUGCCAUCCAUGACACCCUGUUCAAGUUUUUCUUCUGGAUCGGUUACUGCAACAGCUCCCUCAAUCCCGUCAUCUACACCAUCUUCAACCAGGACUUCCGGCGAGCUUUUCAGAAGAUCCUAUGCAAGUCCUGGAAGAGGUCUUUUUAGAGAACAUUGGCAGCUAGUUUGCAGCAUCCAGUGCCAUUCACAGGUGGUUGACAAGGAAGGGACGUUUUCAAAAACACCACUGCCUCUCUCUCUUUGCAUUGACAAUCUGUACACAACAAUGACAUUGAUAUUUUUUUUCCUACUUUGUUGUGUAAUGCUCUUCAUGAGUCUGUGAGGACAACAGAUGCUGGUCACAUAGGUGGUACCAAAAGCUAAAGAUGUUUAAAAAAACCCCACCUGAAUUGGGAAGCACUGCACUGCAUUAGAGGAAACAGGCUUAUCUUUAUUAUGGCUGCAGGCACUCUGAAGUUAUCAAGAGAUAUUUUUAUGAUGAGUUUGCACAUAUGGCUUGUGUCAUUGUGACUAGAGAGCUAUGUAACAUGAAAGGCUGUCUCCUUUUAUAUGGUCACAAAAAAGUCAAACAAGAGAAGUGAAUUACCAAAAAGUGUGCUGUUUCUUUCUAGCUGAGAGAUACAAAACGGACACUGUUGGUUAGGCAGUAUGAGAAGGUUGUCACCGGAUGACAAAUGGACGAAGAGUGUUGCCCUGAUGUGCUUGGGUAUUGCAUAGUUCGUCCUAAGGGUGCAAAGUCCUGACUGGACAGAGCUCUAUUACAAACUGUUCUUAACUGUCCUUACUGCUGCUCUCUAACAUGCCAUAAAAAGUAUACAGGAGAGGUAUAUACUGGACUAGAGUUAAGAGAAACUGUAAGUGGUUUUGCGGUGAUGAUGAUAAAUAAUGAUGCAUUUAUUUAUUUAAAGGAUUUAUUUAUCAGAUUAUAAACUAUUUAAGCUUUGUGGCUAUGCUUGUACAGUGUAUCCCAUUUGUUCAAAAUAUCAUAGUGAUAUAAUGCAAAUAUAAUAUUUAAGGCUGUUGUAAAUUUUUAAAAGCAAAACAACUUUUUUUGGUUGUUUUUGUAUAUUAUGAAACAUCUGUCUUUAUGGAUGUUGGGCUUCUCUCCUUUUCUAUUCCAUAUACUUGUGAUAUCUCCAAAAUGACUGACAGGUCACUACAAGCACAGCUGAUGAUCAAACAAAA